AUGGGAAAAAGUCGUUUGGGGUUGUGCUCAACUUGCAAGCAAACUGAUAGCAAAUAUCGCUGUCCCCGGUGCGAAGAAUGUUUUUGUUCGCUCGAUUGCAGCAGAAAACACAAAGUUGAGAAAAAAUGUUCUGGUGUACGAAAUCCGGCGAAAUUCCUUCCAAAGUCUCAGCUAGUGCAGAGUCUGAACUCUGACUACAACUUUCUCACUCGGCUUGAGGGUGCAUUAACUGUCGCCGACAAGCAGAAUGCCUCACAAGCUGGAAAGCUACAAAAGAAGCAUUCUCUUAUUCAAAAAAUUUACGAAAGUAACAACAUUGGUGUCCGUUUUGCUCCUAGCUUUACACAGCGGUCUAAGGACAAUCGCACCUAUUUUCACCGUCAAAAUAAAGUGUUGAUGUGCAGUAUCGAUUGGUGCUUACAUACAACUUCUGAAAGACAGGAAACUGAACAACCUCAACCACUCAAAUCGACGUUUACGAACCACGGGAACGCCUCUACAUCUACACUUCAAGAGUUGUGGAAUCGUGCAAAAGAACAAUGGCUUCAAUUGGCAUCGGAGGAUAAAAUCGAACAACCGAAAAUAAGCAUGGACGAAGCAUUGACAUUUGUUGUUCACGUUUCUACAAGCAAAAAAUUAGGACCAGUAUAUCGGCCACUGAACAGCAGCUUGUCCUUACUUCAAUGUCUUGCUGGCUCAACCGUGUUGGAAUAUCCUGUUGUUCACAUUUUCACCCACUCAUGCAAGUUGGUCACUGAACACGAUGUCAGUGAAUUGGAAGAAAGCUCAGACGAUGAAAAUAGCACAGACAGCGAAAGUUGCACGGAGAGCUCUGAUAGUGAGGAAAGUACUUCUGGGGAAAGCGAUAGUUCUGAGAUGCCAUCAGAACAUGAUGCCGGCGUUUCUGCGUUGCCCCCGUUAUUCGGCUCCUACUUGGAAAACUCAAAUAGCAAUCCUUAG